GUAAACUUUCCGAGACGUCGGACGCAUUGUGGUGUACGCUCGUCGCGCUGUGUCGAGGAUUUUCCUGCGUAAGGUUUUUCCGCCGCUCGAGGGCGACCCCAAAGCCCCAACGUGAAGGAAACUUGUGCACCCCUCGCCCAAUAACAAAAAAAACAGCAACCCCCAACAAAGGAAUAGUGCCGCUGGUCGUGCGAGAAGUAAAAUAAACUACAAACGAUUUUACUUCACCCGCCGUGUGUGUGUGCGCGUCUGGCCAUUCGCGAUUGGAAUACAAGUGCUUUGCCACCGAGGUUUUGAUUGGCGUCUCGCGCGGCGUCUAGCAGUGAGAACCGUGUACGUGUGUGAGUGUGUAUGCGUUGUGUAUCGAAUGAGAGUGCGUGAAUGAUCCUGAAUCUGCCGUGCAAGAAAUGGCGUACGAAUGGGUGCGUUCUCGGAACUAGCAGCAUCGGCGAGUGUGAAUGAAUAGAAGAAGAAGAAACGAGAACGGGAGGAAAAAAACGAAAUAAAACAAAGCAGAUGGGUGUGCGGUGAUUUCGGCAAAAUCGUGUAAGUGAUCAUUGGCAACGAAGCAACGUGAAACAGUGAAAAAGUGUCCCCGUGAAAAGAAACCCCCCCCCCCCCCCAUAUACCGGCGCUCCCUUGUGAAAAAGGUGCAAAAAUAUUCUUUCCCAGAAAAUGUGAAUGAAAGAAUGGUCCCGUUCACUGGCAGAUGCGCUCGGCGUGAGUAAAAAUAUGCGUGCCCAAGAUUGAGCAUUAAAACGUGGCUCGUGGAAGCCGUAAGGGUGAAAGCGGGUAGGGGUGAAUGUGAUGAGCAGUGAGAAUAAUUUUCCCCGCAUAGUGAAAUUGCAGUGAGCAGCAGCAGUGUCACGAUCAUCACGAUCUCGGUUUGACGAAGGCAAGAGUGAGAGAGAGAGAGAGAGAGAGAGAGAGUGCGAUAGAGUGAGAGAGAAAAAGAGCGACAGGUGAAUUUGUCGCCAAAGUGCAUCUCGUGCGUGUAUGUGUGCGUAUGUCGUCUGGCAUUGUGAAUUGAGCCAAAAGUGCAUUCUCUAAUAAGUGUUUUCAGUGUGCCCAACAACGCGCCCGGCGACUCUUUUCGGAGCUCUGCGGGUCAUAAUUUGUGCGUGUGUGUGUGUGGGUGUGUGCUUUUCAGCACAUCUUUUUGUGCAAGAAGCUAAUCUCGUGCGAUGUGAUCUAAACCCCGUGGUGGGCAAAAAGAAAAGAAACCAGAAAAUUUGUGAUUCGAUUGGCGACACAAGUGCAUCAACUUCGGGGAUUUGCAACAUUCCAACGGGGCGCGACAAACGAUCCAUUACGCAGACAUCAUUUGUUAAAACUCGGAACUCCGGGACGACCCUUUUUUGCAGAGCCUGGUAAUGAGCAACGAUGGAUUUUACCCUUAGCGGCACAGAAGCUGCUGCCUGCCCGCUAGACGCCGUUAGUUAGCUCGAAGAGUGUACGAGCUUACGACGGAUCUGACUGCUGCUGCUGCUGCUGCCGUGGAAGAUGAUGCAGCUAGUACCGUCGAAGCAGCAGCAAUUGGACGUACAGCAACACGAGCGACCGGGAGCAUCCGGAGAUCGACUGCAACUGCAACCGCAACAGCCGGCCAGGAACACUCGCCAUCAGAGGAAUCAUCGCCGUCAUCAUCAUCAUCGUCAGAAGCAGCAUCAUUACCGGACCCGUCGUCAGUGUCGUGACUGUGCCGAGCAGCAGUGCGGCGGCGCUGGCGGCUGCGAUCAAGUCAAAAGGCACCGCAAUUACGGUGACCGUGCAAUCACCGACACCGCGCACUAUUAGGCAGCAGUGCCGCCCCGACACGGCACACGCGGCUGGAAAGCAAUUGAUGUAGCACAAUUUCCGUGCAUUUCACCCUCUGCGCCACGCACGAUGCGUCAGUGGCGGCAAUGAGCAUGCGGCAGCCUCUAGCAGGACAACAAACCGAUCCGUUGCGUAUGUCAAGCGCUUCCUGGAGAGGCAAAAUUUAACGCGAAUAACAAUCGACGUGAGACAGAUGAAAUAGAGAAAGCAAGGCAGGAAGGAACCUUAGUCCGGUGGGCGAGAUACUACACUCGGAACAUAAACUACUGUGCGGUACUGUAGUGAAAUAGCAUUGUAUGAUGGGUCUGUAUGAUCGAACCGAUUUGGAUCGGAGAAGAGAAUUGCUUCACCUGCAACGAAGGGAACGCCAGAGACAGCGACAUGAGUCGAGAAGAAAGCAAUCGUCGGAGCUCGGUGUCGGGAUGUCGUGCACUGCCGGAAGCGAUCGGGAACGGAGAAUCGCGAACGUAGCUGCGGAUGAAUUGCCUCCACAGUUGGCUACGUCGGACACCUGCGAUCCGUUGAGAGUGUCGGGAGAAUCGAAAUCGUGGAGUAAUCAUGACAGCUGCACCGGUAGCACCGAUGUCAAACAAGAGUUUAGGUUGGAUUUGACGGCCAAUCGUUCGCCCACGAUCUGCUGGCGGCGGCGCUCGCCACACAAUAGUCAGUGUACGCGUAGCCGGCGGCGAAGAAAAGCGACGGCUGUUAGCAGUAGUCCUUGGUGGCGGCAAGCCCUUAUCACCGGUGCCAUCUUCCUACUAGCGUUGCUGCCGGCGGCACUCGCGGGAACGCCCAAGUACGAAACGGCAUACGCUUGCGAGGGCAAAACGCUUAUGAUUGAGUGUGAGCCGGGCGAUUUGAUAAAUCUAAUCCGCGCGAACUACGGCCGAUUCUCAAUCACCAUAUGCAAUGACCACGGCAAUGUGGACUGGAGCGUCAACUGCAUGUCGCCGAAAAGUUUGCGCGUGCUGCACUCGAAAUGCGCCCAGAAGCAGAACUGUUCCGUGCUGGCCUCGACCAGCAUGUUCGGUGAUCCGUGUCCCGGUACGCACAAGUAUCUAGAGGCACACUAUCAGUGCGUAUCGGCGGCACAGUCCUCCACCACAACGAAUCGACCGAGCCCACCGUGGCUUAAAACGUCGCAGCCGAUCGUUUGGAGUACGUCGACUGUGCGAAGUCCGGUGUUGAGCCGGCUCAAUCUAACCACCGAUCUGGGGGGAGGCGAGGUGGCGGUAGUGGCCGCGGUCACUCCGGCCCUAUCAACACCGCCGGCUACGAUUCGACCGGCGGGAGGUGGGAGCGCCGGCACCAAGACCAGCCAAUCACCGACCACGUUCCGCAACAAGGGUUUCGAAAAUAAGAGCGUCAACGAUGAUCUUGCCAUCAUUAAGACGAUUGCUGAUCGAAAGAAAGGAGCCGGUGCGGUGGAAUCGCCUGGUCCGCGGGCACCGUCCGGUGGGACGGAUGAUGAUAGAGCAGCCGCGGCGGGUGGUGGAAAUGCAAAGGAGGAAGAAGAGGACGACGGUGCGGAUUUGUUUCCCACCCAAACUGCAGUAUUAUCGGGCGCGGCGGCACCACCGGGCGUUGUGCGGAAGGAUCCGGUCGGCACUAGCGUCAACGGAGGUGGCCAAGUCCAGAUUGACAUCAGUCAUGCGUGCGGACCCAGCACGGCCCGCAACCUGUUCUGGAAUGUCACGCGCGUCGGUGAGGUGAACGUGCAGCCCUGUCCGGGCGGUGCUACCGGUAUCGCCAAGUGGCGUUGCGUCGCGGUUGCUUCGCUCAGUCCCGAGCAGCGCGUCCAUCUGCAGCAGGAACAUCAGCAAAUGCUGCAGAUUCAGGCAGCACAGCAACAGCAGUCCGGUGGCAAUGGUGGAGCGGCUGGCACACAGGCGUCGGACGAUAGCGGCAGUGGUGGCAAAGGUGAUAUUAGUUUUAGUAGCAACAGUGUUGCCCUUAGCGAUAAGCAAUCGAUGGUCGGUGCCGCUACCUGGUACGCGUACCGACCCGACCUGACGCAGUGUCGUAGCCUGUGGCUGAACAAUCUCGAGGUGCGUGUACAGCAGCCCGAAUCGUCGCUCAUCUCGAUUGCGAACGAUCUGGCGCAGGUGACGAGCAGCAAAACGCUGUACGGCGGGGACAUGCUCGUCGCGACCAAGAUUAUACAGACCAUGUCUCAGAAGAUGCACUACGAUAUCGAGACAAUACCGGAUCAGCGGCAACGUGAAGCGCUGGUUUCCGAGCUGCUGAACAGUGUGGUUAAGACCGGUAGCAACCUGCUCGACCAAUCGCAGCACGCUAGCUGGUUGGAUCUUAGCGUCGAGGAUCAGAUGCGUGUCGCAACGUCACUGCUGACUGGGCUGGAGGACAAUGCGUUCCUGCUGGCCGACACAAUACUGCGUGAAAAGCACGUCGUGCAGAAGGUGAAGAACAUUUUGCUCUCGAUACGCGUGCUCGAGACGCGCAACUUCGCCAAGAGCACGGAGCUGUUUCCGGAUUCUUCCACCGAACGGUGGCAGGUCAGCAACGAUCAGAUCGAGCUACCGAAGGCGGCACUGAUCGAGAACAGCGAGGGAGGGCUCGUACGCAUCGUGUUCGUCGCAUUCGAUCGGCUCGAACAGAUACUGCGGCCACAGUUUAGCAAUAUCCAACAGCAGCAGCAACAACAGCAUGCGGGCGGCGCCGGCGUGGCGUCCGUGCGUGCCGAACCAAGCCAGCACCGCCAUCUAGACACGGAAGGUGUCGCAUCGGCAAACGUGGCCGGCCUGAGCAACGGUGAUCGCUUGGGAGUGAACGAUGGCGGCACCAUCGGUUCGUCGGCUGCGGGAGGUGCGGGAACGCGCACCGAUUCGGCGUCACAGUCUGAUUCCAUUACGCCACGUUUGCGAUUGCUCAACAGUAAAGUUAUAUCCGCCAGUCUCGGCAAGGGCCGACACAUUCAACUUUCGCAACCGAUUCGCAUGAUUCUUCGUCAUCUGCGCACCAAGAACGUAUCUAAUCCGACGUGUGUGUUCUGGAAUUACAUAGACCAUGCGUGGUCCGAGGACGGCUGUCACGUGGAGCACACGAACAGUACGCACACCGUGUGUAUGUGUAACCAUCUAACGAAUUUCGCACUACUGGUGGACGCGGUGGACGACGAGACGCAGCUGUCUCUGCUGUCAAACCUGGACGAUAGUUUGCUGCUCUACAUCGGCAUCGCGAUACUGGUCGUGGUGGUCGUGGUAGCGCUCUUCGCACGCAAACUUUGUCACGGUGCAGUGCUCGCAAAGCUGCGCAACGGAGGACCAGAAACCGGUGCGGGAGGAGGUCUGCGCGGUGGUCCCAUUGAUCGCGAUCCUGCCGGAUUGUCGAUCUCCGCCCAUCAUGGCACUGUGGCAGGACGAUUGCAUCAUCAUCAUGGCGCGAGCAACAAUGCGGGUGUGGAUCUGCACCAUCCAACCGUCGCUACCGCUGGCCAUCACCAUCACCACAUGGUGCAUCAUCAUCUUCCACCGCCCGGUACCGGGCAUCACCUGCUCGUGGCGGACGAUUUCCAUCAUCAGCAGCAGCAACACCCGACGAACAAUCUGCACAAUCAUCACCCGAACAAUCUGGGCAGCAAUCAUCACGCCAACAGCAACAACCUGGUGACGACCACCUUCAACAACCUGAACGGAGGCGGCGGUAUCGGGGGCGCAGGCAAUUGUUCCCCGUCACCACCGGGCAGCGGCUACGAGCAUCAUCAUCCGGCGCAUCAUCUCGCUCGGCUGAACAAUAAUCCAAUCAUCACGCACAACAACAACAGCAGCAGCAGCACCAGCAGCAGCAACAGCAGCAGCAGCACCGGCAGCACCAACAAUCUGCACCAUCAGCCAACGCACCAUCUGCAGCAGUCCUCCUUCAGCAGCAACAGCACCACCACCGCCACCACCACCACCAACCGCAAGCUGCCGCAACCGCCGCUGGUGCCAUCCUCCUACAAGGGCUCGGCAGUGAUGGCGGCCCAUCAUCACCAUCAGCAUCAUCUCUAAUCGCGUCCACCUCGCUGAUAACGACAACGCUCGCAUCGGUCCCGGUCAGCUCGCAGAAGAUGUCACCGGUGGGGAAAGGAAGAUGUUCUGGCGGUGGUGGUGGUGGUGGAGCCCUGGAUAGCAGCGGAAGUGAUCAUAGCAGCGAGAGUACUACGGCUGCCGAGAUGGUGGCAUACAAUCUCAGCGGUGAGAUCGGUGAUGUUGGUGGUACGGGUGUAGGCAAUGGUGGCUCGCCCGGGGGGCAGCACCAUCUACAUCUGCACCACCAUCAGGGCAGCAUCGGGAGCAGUGCGUCCUCGGGACUGCUAGUUGUUGCUGCGGGCGGUAAUGUGGGUGGUAGUGUGAGUGCUGGCACGGUUGGUACCAUUACUUCGUCGGCUUCGUCGAACGCUAGUGCUAGUGUACCGCUGCUGCACCACCAUCACCAUCACCAUCUGCAUCACCACCUGCACCAGCAUCUACAUCCGGGCGGUGCUGCAGCUUCUGCUUCCGAUCUCACCUCCGCACCCAUCCCGAGCAAACGGAAUCUCUGAGGAGCAGCCCGAUCACGUGCAUCACUAGAAGGGAUCUCAUCUACACCAUGCUGAAGCGAUCGUCUGAAGUGAUCGAACUGCGCAGGAAAGGCUGAUCCAGUUAUCAGGGGUUCCGAGAUAGGGGCAGUGGAUGACAGCGACAUGCAGAAGGCGAUGUACGACGGCGACAACGAUGACAGCGGACGACGAUGCUCCAUCGACCGGUAUGUGGAUCUCGCGAUCGUCGCUCUAUCUGGGGUAGGUAACGCACGACACGCAAGCCACCCCAGCUUUUAACCUUCAUUCCGUUUCCGAUCGCGCAAUCCCAGGGAGGAAUGGUGACGCGCAUUAAUUAUUGAGGUUUUAUUUAACGCGGAGCGCUAGAAAACGAAUGCAGGAGCGAUGCUGCUGCGAAAUCAAGAAGCAGGUGAUGGAGCUAUCCUCCAGUCACCAACCACACCAGUCGUGAUUUGAUUGCACUGUGGGGCGGCACGGAAAUCAUCAAAUAUGUAUACACAAAGAUCUUCUCACAUACAAACACACACACACGGAACGGAACAUUUGUGCGGUGUACGUUCUGGUUUAGCAGGAUAAAUAAAAUCGAAGAUGAAGUGGUGGUGGGUGAGUAGGGAAGAAGGGCUUCUAAAUCCCUUCUUUUGCCUUUCACACCCGCCCAGCGUACCAUAGGCAGUGUGUGUGUGAGCUAGGAGAGAGAAGAAGAAGAAAAUUAGGAAGGAAAAAAUAAAAAAAGUGGUUGAAAAUUAAA